AUGAAUCAACCAAAGUUGAUCGUUGUGUACGCAUGUACACACGAACUUCCUGACACCGAUAUGACCGUAGAGCGGGCCAAGACCACGCCCUACGAAUUCCCACCUUCGCUUUUCACAAAAAUCAAGAGAAAGCUUAGUGGAGGCAUCACCAUCAGAAGACCUUGCAUGGAUGAUUGCCCAGUUUGUCUGGCAAAGAAGCGUGUAUUUGACAAACAAAAAUCGAUGGUGACCAUUCACAAGUCUACGCCGAGCCAAACCUUCAGCCCUCAAACUGCGAAAGGUAUGUUCUCAACUCCGACUCUUGUUUCUGCAUCUGCAUCUGAUUCUCCACUGAAGACUCCACCGCAGCCAUAUAACCUUUCAGAAGGUCCCCCUUCCUUCCCGGUUUUGGAUGCAUUGGCUGCCGGCUGGGAUGCAAAGACACGUCGAGAAGAGAUCAACCCUCGUGGGCGUGCUAGGAGCGACCCAAUGAAAGGCUUAUCUCCGAUGCCACCUCCACCUUCACACAAUGAAUCUAGCUUGCAUGCCAGAGUUCACAAGUGGACCAGUGAGCAAACCCACAGGGCGUUGAAGGAGCAUAGCGAGGGUUACGUUUCUUUCAAUCGCUUUUCCGAUAUCACGGAGGAGGGAGAGUCACCAGUCGACCCAGCACUCAAAAGAUCUCAGGACAAGAAGAAAGAGAAGGACGAGUGA